AUGUUAAAUCGCCGACGUCGACAUCAAACGCCAACGUUCCUGGAAGGUACACCGGGUAGAUACCUAAGGAGAGAGGCACCCCCGUCUCUGCCAACUUGCGAUGGCGUAAUUCAAAGUAUCCAAGCUAGUUUGCAACAGCUGGCCCACUCGUCUCAAAGUUUGCAAUAUGCCGGUAAGGAUGUCAAUAGCUACCGAGUAAAGCGAAAUUCCGUUCGUACAAAACCAGAAUUAUCGUCGCAAAGUUUCAAUGAAAGUCGAACAUCCAGUCAGUACUUGUCGAAAAGGGGUCUUACAUCAUCACUUAGCAUUGGUAACGUAGUACAGCAUGGCAUGCAAACAGCAAAUGCAGAAAAUGGCGAACAGCGUUUGGUAUCAAUUUCAUUGCAGAGUUUGCCAGGUCGUUCAAUAAGUGCACCAUUUGCUGGAGAGAAACUAGUCGGUGGGGUACCGGAGGAAGAUCUCACACUGCCACCGAAUUGGGCUGUCGAAGUAACACCAGAAGGAAUUCGUUAUUACGUGGACCACAAUAAUCGACGGACACAUUGGAUUCAUCCUCUUGUCAAAGAAAAUUUGCCAUUAGGCUGGACAAAGCAAUUUGAUUCGAUUGAUGGAGUAACAUAUCACAAUAGAUUAGAUGGUCGAAAGCAAUUGGAGCACCCUGGCUUGGCGACACCUGUAAAUUGUACACAGAGUAACUCUACAGCACAUUUAACACAGCGUGCUGAAAGUACGAUUGA